GCCCUUUGGGCCAAAUAUGCCGCCCGCACAGAAGAGCUGCUGUCAGAGUUGCGUUUCGAGGAGGCGGCUCGCUUCGCGUCAGCCUUCUCCACGGCCAGAUACGUUGACUUUGCAUUGUUUGCGAAGCUGUCAGCUAGGGCGUUGGAGUGCUUGCCGCAACAGGAAGCGGAACUGAUCUCUGCGCAAGACCUUCGACGAAUGGCAAUCGCCUGUGGAAAGGCUCAAGCCUUCGACAGCGAUUUACUCGAGGGCAUGGUGCCUUUGAUCGCGGAUCGAGUUCAAGAGUUCCGCCCUCGUGAGCUUGUGCACAUUGCGGACGCUUAUGCGCGGAUGCCUGUGCAAAAUCCAGAGCUUUUCGCGCUUGUUGCAGAAGCCCUGCCCCGUUAUCUCUACGAUUUGACUCCGCCCGAACUGGCCAGCCUUUGCAGAAGCUUUGCCGAGGCAGCGGUGUUCAACGAGGAUCUUGCCGAUGCGCUUGGGGCGGAGGUCUCAAAGAGAUCCAAAAGCUUCGGCGCCAUGGAGUGCCUGGUCUUCCUCGACGCCCUCUCGCGGCUCCACGAAGGAAUGCCUGAGGAGCUACGAGCCUCUCGCAAAGAACGCGAUGCGGAGGUCGUC